CUCCGACGACAUGGCCCCCAAGGCGGAGAAGAAGCCGGCGGCCAAGAAGCCCGUGGAGGAGGAGCCCGCGGCGGAGAAGACCCCCGCCGGGAAGAAGCCCAAGGCCGAGAAGCGCCUGCCGGCGGCCAAGACCGCCGCCAAGGAGGGCGGCGAGGGGAAGAAGGGCAAGAAGAAGGCCAAGAAGAGCGUCGAGACCUACAAGAUCUACAUCUUCAAGGUGCUCAAGCAGGUGCACCCCGACAUCGGCAUCUCCUCCAAGGCCAUGUCCAUCAUGAACUCCUUCAUCAACGAUAUCUUCGAAAAGCUGGCCGGCGAGUCCGCCAAGCUCGCCCGCUACAACAAGAAGCCCACCAUCACCUCCCGGGAGAUCCAGACCGCCGUCCGCCUAGUCCUCCCCGGCGAGCUCGCCAAGCACGCCGUCUCCGAGGGCACCAAGGCCGUCACCAAAUUCACUUCUGCGUAACUGCAUCUGCUAGUUUAGGUUCCUUCCUGUGUUAUGAUGCUGUAAGAUGGACUGCUAUCUUGAAUAGAAAUGGUAUCGUGUUUCCGGCUCUGUAUGAUCUGAUGGUUCAACAUUUCUAGAUUGAUUGGUCGAUGAAUUAGGAUAUGUGAAAUCUGAAGCAUUACUAGGAAAUGUUGCCUGAAAGAUGUGGAGUGGCUUUGAAUCGGCAUAUUAUCUGCAGAUGU